UUUACGCAAAAUGCAAAAUCGCCAAUCCUGAAAAAAAUUGAUGGUGUACGACAGCAAUAUUCGCGGAAAUUUGUUAAUUUAUGUAUUUAUUUAGUAUAAGUUCAGUAUUUUGGCGUUAGACUAAGUAAACAUGAAUUCAACUUUUUGUGUAGGCGUAGGUACCAAAUGUUUUCUCAAAAAUAAUUUAAGCGUUCGUAAUUAAUUCGAGAAUGGAUUUUAUCUGAUAAGAAUGAUGUUAAAAUAAAGUAUGCCGCUUACAAUUGCAAACAGAAGUAAAAUGAUUGCUGAAAUCAUGAAAUUUUCGUUUCACCACAGAGCGUUUUACUGCUAUGUUGGGAUGAGUAUUUGGAUCUGUUUUUUAAUAACGGUAAUGUACAAAUACAUAUCAGUAGGAGAAGAUGCAACAGUGAUCAAGAAGAUUGUGCAGAGUGAAUACAUAUCCAAAAGUGAUAUCAAGUAUAGGAAGAUAUAUCUACGCUCAUGUAAUCCACCAGACAGUAUUGUGAGGGGUGCUGAAGCUGUGGUGGACAGUGAUACUUGGCUUCUGCAAGGAGUGUUGGUUGUUACAAGACAUGGUGACCGAGGACCCCUUACACAUUUGCACGGGGGAGACAAACUGCCCUGUGACACUCCACCACCAUCAACAUUGUUGAAGACGUACGAAGAAUGGGUGUCCAACACGAGCUCAGCGGGGCGCGCGUGGUGGGUAGCAGGGCCGGGCCCGUUCCACAACUUCCCCGCGCUGCCGCCCCGGGCCGCCACGCGCUGCGCGCUAGGACAGCUGACGCCGCGCGGGCUGCUGCAGAUGCUGACCGUGGGUAAUAUUUUGAAAGAGGCUUAUGGAGAAAAACUUGGGCUAGACAAUUCAGAUCCAACGGGAAAACGAGACACAGGAGACGUUAUAAUGUACAGCACGCGAUACCGCCGAACGUUCCAGUCCCUAGCAGGACUUGCUUGGGGCUUAGCGGGCGCCAAUGCCGGCGCUCGACUUGCUAGAGCGAGAGAGAGCCAUAGCGUCGCCUUCUGCUUCCGCGAGUGUGCGUGUGCUGCUCACCACGCGUUGAACAAAAAAAUCAGCAUCCAAGCAAAACACCGUCUGGACAACCACCCAGCGCUAAGAGAGGUGGUCACAAAGCUCUCCACCGUGCUCUUCGAGUCGCAGGAGCACCCCGAACCCGACAUGGUCCGAGACGGGGUCCUGGCUCACAUGUGCCAUGACUCGCCACUGCCGUGUGUGAGGAAACCUGAGAAACAGAAGAUUAGCUUAAAGAGGAAUAGGAGGCUUCGAGAGGAUACUGUGCCAGGGAAAAAGUUGCUAGAAUAUAAGGUAAACGUAGAAAAUAGAAAAUCUGAAAGAGAUAUAUUAACUAUAGAAGUACCGGAAAACAGUGGUGAAGAUUCUUCUGUUAAAAAAACGGAGAAAAAGAAGCUAAUCUUGAAGAGACAUAGACAGUUUCACGAGGAUACUGUUCUUAAGAAAAAUUUACUAGAGCAUAAAGAGGUUACCGACAUAGAUAACAGAAAUCCUAAAGAACAAUUACCAAACAUAGAAAUACACCAAAAUGGUAAUGAAGAUACUCCAGAGCGCGAGUCUCCUAAUAAGGAUAGUAAUCGUUCAGAAAAACAUAAACUAACUGUAAAAGGACAUGAAAGAUUUCACAAUAAUUUACCUGAAAGGAAUAAUAUGAGAAAAGCAGAAAACGAAAAAGAAUUGGAAAAUCGCAAAGAGACUGUGCCUAAAAGGAAUUUAUUAGAAAUAGAUAUAGACACUCUUAACAUGGAAUUGGAUUACAUUAACAAUCAGUUAGACUUUAAUAACGAGAUAGGGCGAAAAGCUAGAGAUAUCAUCGGUAAAUAUUACGAUAGUAAAGAUAAGCAGAAAGCUCCUUUAGAUUUCGAUGCUCAAAUGGAAAGGGAGAAGCUACUAUACUACCAGCAGAGAUAUAUGGAUAAUGCGGAUGCAUAUGACGAUGUAGUUAUUGUUAAAAAGAAUUUAGACGCAGACUUUAAUUUUCCAAAUGACGCUCGCAUGGAUACAGAUUUUGAUGAAGAAUAUAAGGAACCUACACCAGAAAUAACAGAGGAAUUUUGUAUAAGAAAAGAACAUAUCACUUCACUAUUCGCGUAUUUAGAAUGGAGUUACAGACAAGAAAUUAAAAAUAUACAUAAUAGAAAACGAGGUUUGCUUUUAGCGUACGGAUUAAUGCACAAUAUAGUGCAAAAUAUGAUUAGAAUGAUCUCAGAGAAUAAACCUAAAAUAGUCAUAUAUUCAGGACAUGACAAGACUCUGCAACCAUUGGUUUUAGCACUUGGACUAACUAAUUAUCAACACUAUAACGUACAUUAUGCUUCUAGAAUAGUCUUCGAAGUUUAUAGAAAGAAAGAUUUACGCGACGAAUUCAAAUUCACGAAAAGGAAAGCGGUAGCACAAGAUUUUUACUUUCGAGUGGUUUACAACGGGGAAGAUGUAACAAAUAAAUUAAGUUUUUGUAAAACUAAGCAGAGUAUAGUGAUGAAAGUAGCGGAUCCCAUAGACGAUAUGAAGACGUAUAAUACUUAUUUGUGUCCGAUAGAAAACGUUGUUAGGUUUAUACAUGACGAUUAUUUUGCUAUUUUUAACGUGACCAACUUUAAGGACGCUUGUGCUACCUAUGGGAAUCUCAAACAUGUUUAGGUACACUAAUUUGUUGGAUAUUAGCAACUUUUGAAGUGGACAUAAAAACUUGGUCUUAGUAGUACGGAUGACUACAUGGAAUUUGUCACUGCCUCACUGCAUGUGGAGACAAAAUGUGGCUUUCCAUCAGAGGAGGGUCCUGAUGCUUCAUGUGCAUAAGAAACUUUCCAACAGGAAAGCCACAAAUAACGUAUGUGAUUAAAAGUAACAUCCGCUCUCUUAAAAAGUUGUAGGCGUCUAAAACAUAGUCCAUUCUUCUUAUUAUGGCGCUAAAAGUAACAUACUGGCAUGUGACUGUACAGAAAUAUGUAUAGAUAUUAUUUGUACAUAAUUUGAACUGUUUCUACACUUUCUACUUGCCGAAUGGACGAAGAGGGGUCCAAUUUCUAAUGAAAUGUCUUUAAAAUUGCAUAAAAGUAAAAUAUAAGUCUUUCUUCCUUCUUUCGAGAGACAAUGAUAUAAGCAUCUUUGAAUACAUAUAAAGUUUUUAAAAUAUACUAAUAUUGAUUUAAAGGCAGCUAAGCAUUAAUUUUUGUCAAAAGAGGUUAAGUAAAUAGCAGUAUUCCUUUUUUAUCGAUUCUUCUUCCUCGGUCCCUCAUUGCUGAGGAUCGCGACCAUGUAUGCUCCGUCUCCAUAGUGUGCGGUCAUAAGCCACAUGAGUCACGCACUGCAUGUUGCCGCCAACCACCCUCUUCACACCAUCAGACCAUCUCGUGGGUGCUUUUCCUCGCCCGCGCUUGCCAUCCUUUUUAUCGAUAGGAAUUCAUAAUUUAUGUCAUUAUAUAUAGUAUACAUAUACAGGUUAAUAUAAUUUAUUUAUUGCUAAACAUUCCAGAGUUUAAUGACUUGUGACACGAAUCUCAAUUAUUUAAGUUAGCGCCGUACUUAAACUAUACAUAUCUAUAUCUACUAAUAAUAAGGACAUUAUUACGUUGUAAUUGUGCAUCAAAGGCUAUAAAUACUAAAGUUAUUCUUAGUUAAGUAAUUCCUACUGAAGUAAAAUGAGAUCUUACUAAAUGUGAUUGAACUAUUUACAUAUCAUUCCUUUCCUUGCCCUUUAGUAUGAAAGUAGAAUUAGACUAGUAUCUACAUCUCUAUUACGAUAGAUGGCUGUGCACCAGCGGCCUUGUCGCAUUGUUAUCACCUGUCAUCAUGCCUGUCUCGUUCUAACAAGUACGUAAGUGCGAAAGUGACAGGCAUAGUGACAGGCGAUAAAAAUGGAACCAUGCUGCCACCGCAGUACCCCUAGUGUAAAUUUCAUUCGAUAGCGUGACGUGACUGACGUGACGUAUGAGUUUGCGUUAAGUGUUAUUUUGUAUGGGAUUUUUAGUUUCCAUAACGUUCCGCUUGGCGCGCUUUUCAAAUUAUACAAAAAUUGACAUAAUGCAAACGCGAACGCACGUCACGCUAUCGAAUGAUAUUUAUACUAGGGGUUCAAUUCUUAAAUACUCGUAACUUAGUUUUUUUUUUUUUACGUUUUACGAUACAGAAAGAAAACCUGUCGUAAAAUGCAUUUACUUUGUACUGAAUAUUAUUUCUUUGAAUUAGUAUUUAUAUCUAAUACCUAUGACUUACAUAUCAUAUGUAGUGACAUGUUGUUUUUAAAUAGAUUGAAAUCAAAGACUGCACUCUCAAUACCAAUAUGUUUUAACUAUGCAAUCUAUGCAUAAUAAUGUUAAGUGUGUAAUUUUUGUUUUAAUUUUUGUUUAUUGUUAACUACUAAAUUAUUUUUUAAAUCAUAGCAUAGAUUCCAUUUGUUUGUACAAUCUAUUAUAAUUGAUUAAUACUAUACGAUGCAUUGUAAAAGGUCUUAAUCGCGUAUUAAAUAAACUUGAAAGUCACCGCCUAAGUUUUGACCGCUUGGUCACGGAGAAAGGCCAGUUUUAGUUAAAAAUGUAUGAAAAUUUCAAAUAAGAAGUUUAAAUAUGAGGUGAUCGCUAUUCUACCUACUUAAAUGCCUAACCACACAAGCUGCGUGUGUAGAUGUGCACGUGUUAUUGGAACUAAAUUGUUAGAACCGUGCACACACACGUCACGCAAGCGGUGUGCCGUCUCUCAUAAGGAUCCGUAUAUUACAACGCACACGCAUCCGGUGUGCACAGGCCUUAAAAGAUAGACACUUUAGAUUUAAACUAAAUUAGCCUUGAUGUCGGCUCUAUGAAGUUGUUCCUAAAAGUAUACGUUAAACCCUUUUUCAGGCCGCUGGUGUUGAAUUUCAAGAAGUCAGUUCAGCGAAACUACAAUGUAAUUUGAACCUUAAGUCUUAGUGCUAAGGUUGAAAUUCUAUUGACAGUCUACUAGGAAUGAAAAAGGGUUGUAAUUCUUAAAAUAACUAGUGUGCCAUGACUAUUUUAUUUAAGUCAAUCAAUUCAAAGGUUCUGUUACUAUUUAUAUGAUAUAGUUGUUUAGUUAUUUCAAAUGUUACCACAUUUUUUUCUUAAGACUGCAGUAACUUAUUAUUUUAAUUUGUGAUAUGUCGAAUCUCUGAUAAUUUAUAAUUGUAUUUUUUGCAGAGAUCUGUUUCUAAUAUUAAAAAGCGUACUUAUUAUGAGUAAAUACUCAAUAAUUGUAUUCCAGAAAAAUAAACAUUUGAUUUUUAAUCUAAUAAGCAAUGAAAACAAGUGCAUUUCCUGUAGAACUUGUAUAUCAACAGCCCUGCAACGCAUAACAACCGUAUGUCAACUUGACCAGUUUCAACUUGUACUUUAUUGCGUGAGAAUACGGUAAACAAUUGUUUUCGAAUGUAUCAUACCGUUGUAUACGGGCUACGCUACACUAGCGUCUUUUGAGCGUCGGCGUCUAGUCAGCACUAUGCAAAAUGGCGUCGCUGCGCAGUUGCGUCAACGUUAAGUCGAGCAUCAGCCAUAGAGUUGAUAUUGAUAAGACGCGGACGCUCAGGAGUCGCUACCGUGGGGUGGCUCUUAGAACCACCUACUUAAUGUUGUUAUGCGUAGUGUAUGUAGUUAACGCUAUCUCUACUGAGCUCGUUCACUUACCUGUACUAACAAUGGCAUUCUGUUAAACCAAAGAUAGAUAUAACUCCGUACGUAAGUUAUUUAUAUCU